AUGUCGGCGCCUCUCGAACCACUGUCCCAGAUCGUGGUCGCGGAAAAUGAAAAGGUCCAGGCGGCCUCCAGCGACAGAUCGGCGUCUGGCUCAGAUGAAGCCAAGGCCCCGGAUAAUAUCCUGCAGCCGCCGGUCGAGAAGAAGAAAUGGAAGCGCAGCUUAAAUCCUUUGCGAUGGGCGACGCCACCACCGGUUCCAGAAGAACGGACACCGUCAAGAGAGCACGGCGCGUCGUUUUUCAGUAUCGUGUCAUUCCAGUGGAUGUCACCCUUGAUGAGGGUGGGCUACUUGCGCCCUCUCGAUCUACAAGAUAUUUGGACGGUUAACCCUGACCGCGCUGUCGACGUCCUAUCGGAGCGAUUGGACACCGCGCUAGAGCGUCGCACAGAGCGCGGCGGUAAGCGCUUGCUCCUUUGGGCUUUGUACGACACGUUCAAAUUUGAGUUUAUUCUCGGUGGGGUAUGCCAGUUCUUCAGCUCCCUCCUGUUGGUGUUUGCGCCUUAUUUGACCCGCUACUUGAUUGCCUUUGCCACCGAUGCUUGGGAGGCCCAGCACAGCGGCCAACCUGCUCCGUAUAUCGGGCGCGGCAUGGGGUUUGUCGUCGGCAUUUCCUGCAUGCAGGCCCUGCAGAGUUUAUGCACGAAUCAGUUCCUGUAUCGUGGACAAAUGGUUGGUGGGCAGAUUCGCGCAGUGCUCAUCUCCCAGAUUUUCAACAAGGCAAUGAAGCUGUCCGGUCGGGCGAAGGCGGGUGGAAAGGCUACAUUGGAGGAGAUCAAGAAUUUGGAAGCGACCAAGGAAGAGCUCAUCAAGUCAGAUGGGAAAGGGAAGGAUAAGAAAGAGACGCCGGCUGCUGCUGGUGUGGAUGGCGAUGGCCGUGGAUGGAACAACGGCCGAAUCGUCGCAUUGAUGAGCAUCGACGUCGACCGCAUCAACUUGGCGUGCGGCAUGUUCCACAUGGUUUGGACCGCACCCAUCACGAUCAUCGUGACCUUGAUUCUCCUGCUGGUCAACAUUGGCUACAGCUGUCUCUCGGGUUAUGCUCUGCUCGUCAUUGGUGUGCCGUUCUUGACCUAUGCCGUCCGAUUCCUGGUCAAGCGACGCAGAAACAUUAACAAGAUCACCGAUCAACGGGUCUCUUUGACCCAAGAGAUCCUGCAGGCUGUGCGAUUCGUCAAGUUCUUUGGCUGGGAGAGCAGCUUCUUGGGCCGUCUCAAGGAGAUUCGCUCACGAGAAAUCCGCUCCAUUCAGACUCUGCUGGCCGUUCGAAACGGUAUCCUCUGUGUGUCCAUGUCCAUCCCCAUUUUCGCCUCCAUGCUGGCAUUCAUCACCUAUGCCCUUUCAAACCACAAUUUGGACCCCGCGCCGAUUUUCUCGUCGCUUGCUCUUUUCAACUCCCUGCGCAUGCCCCUGAACAUGCUCCCAAUGGUAAUUGGACAGGUCACCGAUGCCUCGACGGCUCUCCAACGAAUUCAAGAAUUUCUAUUCGCCGAGGAGCAGAGAGAAGACAUCGAGCAUGACGAUGAAAUGCAAAACGCCAUUGAAAUCGAGCAUGCCUCCUUUACGUGGGAGCGACUGCCGACCGACAAGGUCAAGGACAAGCUCGGGAAGAAAGCAGCAGCAGCAGCAGCUCUGAAGCAAACGGAGGAGAGUGAGGAAGAUGUCCCCACGGAACCUUUCAAGCUGAAUGAUUUGACUCUCGAGGUGGGCAGGAACGAGCUGCUGGCUGUCAUCGGCACAGUCGGCUGUGGCAAGAGUUCGUUGCUUUCUGCACUGGCGGGUGACAUGCGUGUCACCGAAGGGAAAGUCCGGAUGAGUACUUCUCGAUCUUUCUGCCCGCAAUACGCCUGGAUCCAAAACACUUCGGUCCGCAACAACGUUCUGUUCGGCAAGGAUUAUGAUGAGACAUGGUACAAUCAAGUCAUCGAGGCAUGUGCCCUGGCUCCUGACUUUAAGGUUCUCCCCCAUGGUGAUGAGACCGAGAUCGGCGAGCGCGGUAUCACCGUGUCUGGAGGUCAGAAGCAGCGUCUGAAUAUUGCUCGCGCUAUUUACUUUAACGCCGAGAUGGUACUCAUGGACGAUCCCCUCUCUGCGGUGGAUGCACACGUUGGUCGUCAUAUUAUGGACAAGGCCAUCUGUGGCCUUCUCAAGGAUCGUUGCAGGAUCCUGGCAACCCAUCAGCUCCACGUGCUCAGCCGAUGCGAUCGGAUCGUGGUUAUGGACCAAGGAAAAAUCCAUGCUGUCGAUACAUUCGAGAACUUGAUGCGCGACAAUGAAAUCUUCCAGCGGCUCCUGGCCACAUCGGGACAGGAGGACGCCGAAGAGGAUACUGAAGGUGGCGAUGAGGCGGCCGAGGAGCCAAAGGAGAAAGAAGCAGUCCUCCAAAGAGCUGGACCCGGGAAACCGGCUGCUGGCUUGAUGCAACAAGAAGAAAAAGCCACCGCAUCCGUGGGCUGGGGUGUCUGGAAAGCUUAUAUCCGUGCCUCCGGCAGCUACUUCAACGCGUUCAUGGUAUUAUUCUUGCUCGCACUUGCGAACGUUAUCAACAUCUGGACUAGCUUGUGGCUGUCCUACUGGACCUCCAACAAGUACCCUUCGCUGUCAACCGGCCAGUAUAUUGGUAUCUACACUGGACUCGGCGGUGCUGUUGUCCUGAUGAUGUUCCUAUUCUCAACAUAUAUGACCACCUGCGGAACAAACGCUAGCAAGACCAUGCUCCAGCGCGCAAUGAGUCGUGUUCUUCGCGCUCCGAUGUCUUUCUUUGAUACCACGCCCCUUGGUCGUAUCACCAACCGCUUCUCCAAGGAUAUCCAAGUCAUGGACAAUGAAAUUUCGGAUGCGAUGCGUAUGUAUGCGCUGACGAUGACUAUGAUCAUCUCCGUCAUGGUCUUGAUCAUCGUCUUCUUCUACUAUUUUGUCAUCGCCCUUGUCCCAUUGAUGUUCCUGUUCUUGCUCGCCGCCAACUACUACCGAGCCUCGGCGCGAGAGAUGAAACGCCACGAAGCAGUCCUGCGAUCAAUGGUCUACGCCAAAUUUAGCGAAGCCAUUACCGGCACCGCCUGCAUUCGCGCUUACGGUGUCGAGAACCAGUUCCGGGACAGCAUCCGCAGCUCGAUCGACGUGAUGAAUGGGGCAUAUUUCCUCACCUUCUCCAACCAGCGCUGGCUCAGUGUGCGACUCGAUGCAGUUGCUACUUCUCUCGUCUUCGUCACUGGUGUGCUGGUCGUAACCUCUCGAUUCAAUGUCUCCCCUAGUAUCUCGGGUCUGGUACUGUCUUACAUCCUAUCCAUCGCUCAGAUGUUGCAGUUCACCGUCCGGCAAUUCGCCGAGGUCGAAAAUGACAUGAACGCCACGGAACGUGUCCAUUACUACGGAACCGAGUUGGAGGAAGAGGCUCCUCUGCACGGAGUGGAAGUCGCCCCCAGUUGGCCCGAGAAAGGCAGGAUUGUCUUCCAGGACGCGCAGAUGCGGUACCGUGACGGUUUGCCACUUGUACUCAAGGGUCUCAGCUUGGAUAUCCAAGGCGGCGAGCGCAUUGGUAUUGUCGGACGCACUGGUGCGGGCAAAUCGAGUAUCAUGUCUGCUCUGUUCCGCUUGACCGAGCUGUCUGGAGGCAGCAUUCACAUCGACGACGUCAACAUCUGCACGGUCGGUCUCCAGGAUCUUCGGUCCCGCCUUGCCAUUAUCCCGCAAGACCCAGCCCUUUUCAAGGGCACUAUUCGCACGAACCUGGAUCCAUUCAACGAGCAUGCCGAUCUGGAACUGUGGUCCGCUCUGCGUAAGGCAUACCUCAUUGGCGAAGACACCAUGGGCGCCGACGUAGAAGGUCUGGUCAGCAUUCCUGGAACCGGCACCGCUACCCCGGCCACCGACACCGACGCGAAACCCCGAAACCGCCUGACCCUGGAGUCUCCCGUCGACGAAGAAGGCCUCAAUUUCUCCUUGGGCCAGCGUCAACUCAUGGCUCUUGCACGUGCACUUGUUCGCGACGCACGUAUCAUCGUCUGUGACGAGGCUACAUCCUCCGUUGACUUCGAGACCGACCAGAAGAUCCAGCACACCAUGGCCCACGGCUUCCACGGCAAGACUCUGCUCUGUAUUGCCCACCGUCUUCGCACGAUCAUCCACUAUGACCGGAUCUGCGUCAUGGACCAGGGUCAGAUCGCCGAGAUGGAUGCCCCGCUCACACUGUGGGACAAGAAGGACGGGAUCUUCAGGGCGAUGUGUGAGCGCAGCGGUAUCACCCGGGAGGACAUUUUGAUGGCGAAUUGA